AGAAUGAACGGGAAAAUAAUAAUUUACGACUUCUAUCUGUUCUGGUCGCAUGGCGCUGGACCCACCCAUUGUGGCAUUGCGAUGAUUCCUCAACGUUUGAUGUGAUCAAACGAUUUAUAGCCGUUGGAUCUGGCGGGGGCUGAUUGAGAUUCUUUCAACGGCUGAGAUCAAUGGGUUGACUUACAGCGUGUAAUACUGGAAAAAGUGGAGGGGUCGAAAGCCAAAGGGAGUUGCUGUUGCUGAUUGAUAAACUCGAGCCCCUCUCCUCUCAAUCCUCAAGCUCUGCUCUUCUCUCUCUCUCUCUCCAUUAAAGCGGCCAUUGGAGGUCACGAAGGAACAUCUGAAGCCGAUAACCUGUGUGUCGAGGCGAUCGGAUUUUGACCUCGGAAUAUGGAUACUGACGAGGAUCUGUGCCAGAACAAUUGGGGGAACUCUCCUUCCACAGGUGACAAAUUAUCCGAACUGGUUUCUUCGGACAAUAACGGGUCCUUCACAGCUUCUGCGUCGCAGCAGAAAUGGGAAGACACAUCUAUCUUAGACUUCGACAUGGGAAUGGAGCCUGGGGACCAAGUGUUUGAUGAAAUGAGAGCUCCCGACCAAGAGGACGUUCAAGUGAACAAUGACUCUCUGCAAGGCGGUAAGGCUCAGACUUGGGACCCGACAGCAAUGCUGAACAAUCUAUCCUUUUUGGACCAGAAGAUCCACCAGCUGCAGGAUCUCAUUCAUCUGAUUGUUGGGCGAGGCGGGCAGCUUGUGGGCCGCCCAGAUGAACUUGUGUCUCAGCAGCAACAGCUUAUAACCGCGGAUCUUACUUCCAUAAUCAUACAGCUGAUUUCCGCUGCAGGUAGUCUUCUUCCAUCUGUUAAGCAUUAUAUGUCAACGCCUGGUCCAUUCACGGGACUACCUGGUUCAGUCCUGUUUCCUUAUGCAAGGGAAGCUGACAAUGUUGCCCCCUGUAGCGCCCAAGACUCCGAUUUGUCUAAACUGGUUGAUCCUUCUGGUGAUUCAAAGAUUGAUGAGAAAGAUAGCCAUGUCGUGGAAGAAUAUGAAAUGAAAGACGAAGACGAUGUAGAUGAAGGAGAGAAUCUUCCUCCAGGUUCGUUCGAGAUAUUGCAGUUGGAGAAAGAGGAGAUUCUUGCUCCACACACACAUUUCUGCACGAUAUGUGGAAAGGGUUUCAAGAGAGACGCGAAUCUGAGAAUGCACAUGAGAGGCCAUGGGGACGAGUACAAGACCGCAGCCGCUCUUGCUAAACCACACAAAGAAUCUAGGUCUGGGUCUGGGCCAGUGCUGAUCCAGAGGUACUCAUGCCCAUUUCCUGGCUGCAAACGCAACAAGGAUCACAAAAAGUUUCAGCCUUUGAAGACGAUCCUGUGCGUGAAGAACCAUUACAAACGCACCCAUUGUGACAAAAGCUUCACUUGCAGCAGGUGCCAUGCCAAGAAAUUCUCGGUCAUUGCAGAUCUCAAGACGCAUGAGAAGCACUGCGGGAAAAACAAGUGGCUCUGUUCCUGCGGCACCACUUUCUCAAGGAAAGACAAGCUCUUUGGCCACAUUGCUCUGUUUCAGGGCCACACACCGGCAAUCCCUGUUGAUGAGACGAAAUCGUCAGCUGGGCCAUCUGCCGGGAGAGAGGCCUCUGAAACCGUGAGCAGCCCCGGAACGGUGAAUUUCAGUUUUAGCACUGCAAACUCUGUUAACCCAGAAACCGUGCUGCCCGGUGUCUUGGAAAUGAAGGGAAAUUUUGACGACUCUACAAACUGUUUCUCGCCUCUGAGCUUCGAUACGUGCAAUUUCGGAGGGUUCCAUGAGUUCCCACGACCGAUCUUUGAUGAUUCCGACAGUUCUUUUCAACUGAUUAUUUCAGGUGGGUGUGGUUUCUCACCAAGAAAUGGUGGUUGUGUCUCAAAUAGUAAUAAUCUCUAGACACUACCUAUGUUUCAGUCCCCGUUCUCUGUUUUGGUUUAUGUUGUCAUUUGAUGUAAGAUGCUCUAGGCUCUCCCUUUUCUCCGUACUCCCUUCUCUCCAGAAUAAAUAUAUCAGGGAAGAUGUUUAUGUACUUUCUUAUAACUUAUGCUGUACUGUCAAAGUGGAUUCAAAGUCACAUUAAUGUAAAUACAUAACCAAAUAGAUUUGUUACAAAAGUUAAAUUAGUAAAGAGACCGGUUUAUUCUCUCUUA